CCUAAAUCGCUACUACCAGAGAGUAUUUGUUUUAGGAAGGUACACACCCAGUAACAUCAGACAGUAAGGGAUCUAGCCGGAUCUUAAGCAGACAUGUCAGCUUCGGACGAGACAGAUGCACUGCGGCCGAGAUAUGGGUCUGUUCUGGACAGCGUGGAGCGCCUCACUGCAGAGGAGAUGGACGAGCGGCGGCAGCAGAACAUGGCGUACGAGUACCUGUGCCACCUGGAGGAGGCCAAGCGGUGGAUGGAGGCCUGCCUGGAUGAGGAGUUGCCCCCCACCACAGAGCUGGAAGAGGGGCUGCGAAACGGAGUCUACUUGGCCAAGUUGGGCAACUUCUUCUCUCCGCGCGUCGUGUCCCUUAAGAAGAUCUACGACCGCGAGCAGACCCGAUACAAGGCCACAGGACUCCAUUUCAGACACACAGACAACGUGAUCCAGUGGUUGAACGCCAUGAACGAUAUCGGCCUGCCAAAGAUUUUCUAUCCAGAGACGACAGAUAUCUACGACAGAAAGAACAUGCCUCGCAGCAUCUACUGCAUCCACGCGCUCAGUUUGUACCUGUUCAAGCUGGGAUUGGCCCCUCAGAUCCAGGACCUGUAUGGGAAGGUGGAUUUCACAGAGGAGGAGAUCAACAACAUGAAGAGCGAAUUAGAGAAGUACGGAAUCCAGAUGCCCGCCUUCAGCAAGAUUGGCGGCAUCCUGGCCAAUGAGCUUUCAGUGGACGAAGCGGCAUUGCAUGCCGCGGUGAUUGCGAUUAACGAUGCCAUCGAUCACGGGGAGCCGGGGGGCACCAUGGCAGCCAUGCGCAACCCCAACGCCAUGCUGGUGAACCUGGACGAGGGCUCCAGCCAGCGCUACCAGCACACCCUGCAGCAAGCCAAGCAGGACAAGGUGGCCAACGCCAGGAAACGGAUAACGGGAGAGAAUUCCCAAGAGGAACGAGACGUCUAUGAGGAGUUGCUGACCCAGGCUGAGAUCCAGGGCAAUGUCAACAAAGUGAACUUGCUGAACUCUCUGGAGAUGGUGGACCGUGCCCUGCGUGGAGGUGACGAGGCUGCUCUCUAUGAUGCUCUGCGCUCGCAGGCUCUGGGGCUCCGCAGGCUGCAGCCAGACAACAAGGACUGGUACCUGAAGCAGCUGAGCACCGACCACGAGGCCAAGGAGCAGAAUUUCCCAGGGGAGUUGCUGCAGAAGGAGGAGCUGCAGAACGGGGUGGAUCUCGCCACUGACAACGCCGACCGCUACCAGAAAAUGCUGCGGGCGGUGGAUCGGAUCAACACUGCGAUCCGCGGGGGGGUUGCGGAGGAGACAGUGUCAGAGCUGAUGAACCCUGAGGCUCAGCUCCCCCAGGUCUACCCCUCCGCUUCAGACCUGUACCAGCGAGAGCUUUCCACCCUGCAGCAGCAGAGCCCGGAGGGCUCCCUGACGCACCCCGAGCUGCUGGUUGCUGUGGAGAUGCUGUCCUCAGUGGCGCUAAUUAACCGGGCGCUGGACACUGGGGACGGACAGGCAGUGUGGAAGCAGCUGGAGAGCUCAGUGACUGGGCUGAGCAACGUGGAGGACGAGAACGCACAGAGGUACAUCGAUGAUCUGACCCGGUUGAAGGCAGCGGCACGGGCCGAGGGGAAUCCCUUCCUCACCUGGAACGACAUCCAGGCCUGUGUGGACCAGGUGAACGGCACUGUGCAGGAGGAGCAUGAGAGGAUCAUUGCCAUUGGACUUAUUAACGAGGCUUUGGAUCAUGGCAAUGCUCAGACCACUCUGGCAGCACUGCAGCACCCAGCCGCCAAGCUGUCCGAGGUGCGCCCUCCGGUGGCACAGCACUACCACGACACGCUGGUGCGGGCGCGCAGGGAGAAGGCACAGGACACACAGGACGACUCUGCGGUGCUCUGGCUGGAUGAGAUCCAGGACGGUGUGUGCAGUUCUAACAAGGAGACGGAGGACUCGCAGCAGUUCUCUCUGGGGAUCCUGGGGAUCAAUGAGGCGGUGGAACGCGGUGACACGGCUCAGACCCUCGCUGCCCUGCGCUCCCCCGACGUGGGGCUGUACGGAGUGACCCCCGAGUGUGACCAGGCGUACCAGGCAGACCUCGCCGUACUCAAGAAGAGCAAGCAGGACGAGGGUGACAAUGGCAGUGACUGGGUGAAGCACUGGGUGAAGGGAGGGUAUGAUUACUACUUCAACAUCCGGACCAGGGAGGGGAGCUGGGAGGAGCCGGCCAACUUCAUCGAGAACAACACGCAGCUGGGCCGGGAGGACAUCCAGGCAACCAUCUCUGGAGUGACGUCUGCCUACAACCGGGAGCAGCUGUGGCUGGCCAAUGAGAACCUGAUCACUGAGCUGCAGGCGCGCUGCCGAGGAUACCUGGUGAGGAACGGGCAGACAGAACGCCUCAACUACCUGAAGAGACAGGGCCCGGCCAUCACCAGCAUCCAGUCUCAUUGGAGAGGCUACAAGCAGAGGAAGAAUUACCUGGAGAGGAAGCAAUACCUAAAAGACCACACCGAGGAAGUCACCAAGAUCCAGUCCAAGGUGAGGAUGCACCAGGCCAGGAAGAGAUACCAGGACCGGCUCAAGUACUUCCGUGACCACAUUGAUGAUAUAGUAAAAAUCCAGGCGUUUAUCCGGGCCAACAAGGCCAGAGAUGAUUACAAGACACUGAUAAACGCUGCGGAUCCCCCCAUGGCGGUGGUGCGGAAGUUCGUCCACCUGCUUGACCAGAGUGACCAGGACUUCCAGGAGGAGCUGGAGCUGAUGCGCCUGCGCGAGGAGGUCGUGACCCAAAUCCGCUCCAAUCAGCAGCUAGAGAACGACCUCAACCUCAUGGACAUCAAGAUUGGCCUGCUGGUCAAGAACAAGAUCACCCUGCAGGAGGUGGUGUCUCACAGUAAGAAGCUGACCAAGAAGAACAAGGGGCAGCUCUCCGACAUGAUGAUGAUGAACAAGCAAGGCGGACUGAAGGCGCUGAGCAAGGCGAAGCGAGAAAAACUUGAGGCCUACCAGUUCCUCUUCUACCUGCUACAGACAAACCCCACCUACCUGGCCAAGCUGAUCUUCCAGAUGCCCCAGAACAAGUCCACCAAGUUCAUGGACUCUGUGAUCUUCACGCUGUACAACUACGCCUCCAACCAGCGCGAGGAGUACCUGCUGCUGAAGCUCUUCAAGACCGCACUGCAGGAGGAGAUCAAGUCGAAGGUGGACCAGAUCCAGGAGAUUGUGACGGGGAACCCCACCGUUAUAAAAAUGGUGGUGAGCUUUAACCGCGGGGCCCGGGGCCAGAAUGCACUGAGGCAGAUCCUGGCGCCCGUCGUCAAGGAGACCAUGGAUGACAAGGCACUGAGCAUCAAGACCGAUCCCGUGGACAUUUACAAGAGCUGGGUCAACCAGAUGGAGUCUCAGACUGGCGAGGCAAGUAAGCUUCCCUACGACGUGACCCCAGAGCAGGCGCUGAGUCACGAGGAGGUGCGGACCCGUCUCGACGCCUCCAUCAAGCACAUGCGCACCGUAACGGACAAGUUCCUGUCAGCCAUCACUGUCUCUGUGGACAAGAUCCCGUACGGGAUGCGCUUCAUUGCCAAGGUGCUGAAGGACACGCUGCAUGAGAAGUUCCCUGAUGCCACCGAGGACGAGCUCUUAAAGAUUAUUGGUAACCUGCUGUAUUACCGCUACAUGAACCCGGCCAUUGUAGCGCCUGACGCCUUUGACAUCAUCGACAUGUCUGCGGGAGGUCAGCUGACCACUGACCAGCGGCGCAACCUGGGCUCCAUUGCCAAGAUGCUGCAGCAUGCUGCAUCCAACAAGAUGUUCAUUGGAGACAACUCACACCUAGCAAAUAUCAACGAGUACCUCAGCAACUCCUACCAGAAAUUCAGACGGUUCCUGCUGGCUGCCUGUGACGUCCCCCCUCUGGAGGACAAGUUCAACGUGGACGAGUACUCGGACCUGGUCACCCUCACCAAGCCCGUCAUCUACAUCACUAUUGCAGAGAUCAUCAACACCCACACGCUCCUGCUGAAUCACCAGGAUGCCAUCGCCUCCGAUCACAAUGACCCCAUUCACGAGCUCCUGGAGGACCUGGGCGAGGUCCCCACCAUAGAGUCUAUGGUUGGGGAAGGCACGCUGUCCCCCGGGGACCCCAAUUGGGACAUGCUGACCAAGACGGAGGUGUCUCUCACAUUGACCAACAAGUUUGACGUGCCGGGCAGCGAGAAUGAAGAGAUGGACGCCAGGACACUCAUGCUGAACUCCAAGCGGCUGAUUGUAGAUGUGAUCCGUUUCCAACCCGGAGAGACCCUGACAGAGAUCCUGGAGACCCCUGCCAGCAGUGAGCAGGAAGCGGAGUACCAGCGAGCCAUGCAGCGGCGAGCAAUCCGGGACGCCAAGACGCCAGAGAAGAUGAAGCAGAAGAAGACCGCGAAGGACGACAGCCUGACGCUGCAGGGCAAGAAGGACAAGAUCCAUGCCAACCUGCAGCGCCUGGGGGAGAUGGGCAAGGUGAACCCUGAGAACCGCUACCAGGACCUCAUCAACGACAUCGCCAAGGAUAUCCGCAACCAGAGGCGGUACAGGCAGCGCAGGAAGGCGGAGCUUGUGAAGCUGCAGCAGACGAACGGCGCGCUCAACUCCAAGUCCAGCUUCUACGCAGUGCAGAUCGACUAUUACAACCAGUACAUCAAGACCUGCAUGGACAACCUGGCCAGCAAGGGCAAGGUGUCUAAGAAGCCGGGCCAGGUGAAGAAGAGCAAGCAGGUGUCUCAGAAAUACACAGCGGCACGGCUCCAUGAGAAGGGGGUGCUAAUGGAGAUCGAGGACCUGCAGACCAACCAGUUUAAGAAUGUAAUCUUUGAGAUCUCACCAGCGGAGGAGGUCGGUGACUUUGAGGUGAAGGCCAAGUUCAUGGGAGUGCAGAUUGAGACUUUGAUGCUGCAUUACCAGGACCUGCUGCAGCUGCAGUAUGAGGGCGUGGCUGUGAUGAAGCUCUUCGACCGAGCGACCGUCAACGUCAACCUGCUCAUCUUCCUCCUCAACAAGAAGUUCUACGGGAAGUGAGCGAGCUCAGAGAUCACAGACACUUUACAAAGCGCCACGUUGGUACCCCAGACGCCGCGUCCACACAGACCACAGCACCGUGCCACGUGGCCACGCCCCCGGGGAGUUUCCUCUCCAAUCAGAACUCUCGCUUUGCCUUUUAUUUGCUUUUCCUAGAUAUUUGCGAGUUCUCCAGUUUGUUCCCCCACGGCCUCUCUGAGUAGCACAGACCUGUCUCAAAAUCCACAUCACUUUCUUUAGUAGAAAGCUUUUUUUAUUUCAUCAUCCUAUAAGAAAGUUUGCUUAUGUUAGACUAUGAUAAAAUUGCCAUUUACGGAUGGUCAUUUAGGGCAGUUUUGAAGCAAUAUGGGAAGCGGCAAAGCACACAGUGUUGGGUAUUGCCAAUACAGUAUACCAGGACCACUUCUGACUUGAUUUUACAAUCUCAAAAACCAUUUCUGAGGCUUUUCUUUGGUUAGUUGUUCCUGCCCCAGCUGUUCAAUGAGAGAGCAGGUGUGUGUAGGCCCUCAUGGAGGGUAUCACUCCACUUUCCCCCCAAUACUGUAUAUUAGUUUAUCAACCCAAUCGUUCCACCACAGAAUGUUUAAAAAAAUACUCUAUGUAAAGGAAGAAAAAAACUGUUCAUCAUUUGUUUGUCUGUGCUUGAAAUUUGCUUUUGUUUGCCAGAGACAUUUAUUUUGUUUUUUAAAUACAGUAUACCCUUACUGAAAUGUCUCAUUCUAUGCAAUUUUAUAUCUUGUUUGAGAGAGAGAAAAAAAAAAACACUUUUCUUUUCUUAGAUACCUUUUAUGAUAUAUAUAUAUGUGGCUAAAGCACGAAAACAUUAUUUUGAGGAGCUAUAUAUCAUGUAAAAGAGACAAUCACAUUUGAAACAAUAUAUGGUUCAUUUAUUUAAUAUGUGCAUGUAUGUAUUGGUGGUGUACAGAACAUUUGACUUCCCCUUAAAAUACUGCAAUUGAGUACAAAUAUAAUAUAAAGUUGACAGUGUUGCUUCGGUAAACUUUCUGUUAGUUGCUGUGACAGGGAUGACGAGUGGUCUGACGUCAGGCAGAAGCAGGAACAAAAACUGACACCGGGGAAGUACUGCAGUUCAAAAGGCUUGCGACGUUUUAAUUAAAAAAUAAAUAAAAUAUUUAAACAAAAACACUUGCUCACAGAGCGAAAAUAAAAGGUUUAAACAAAAUAAAUCACGGACACAAAAUAAAUCAAACACAGGUCAGGCUGGGCAGAUUGCCUUCACUGUUCCUAUGUUAUUUUCUUUUAGUUUCGUUUUUCGUUUUCAAUCUCCGUCUCGCUCUCUCCGCACCUACAACACCCACCUCGAGUGCCGAGAGCUGCAGGCUUUUUAUAUCAUGGCCGAGGGGUUUCACCUAUCAGCAAAUCAUCCUAUUACCCCUCGGCCACAAUCUGCACGGGUUUAUUAAUUGGAUUGUGGAUGGGGCUACCCAUCCACACUAAACAAAACAAUCGGCUACGCCGUCAUUUAACCAAAACAAUAACACAUACGGCGCUCGCCGACAUACAUUUAAAUACAAUAAAAAUAAAUAAACAAUACAAAACAAUCUGCACAGGGGCGGAGGGGGAGACCCCGAUCUAAAAAUAAAUAAACAAUAUAUAGGGCUGCUCGCCCUGUUACAGCUGCAUACAAUAUCCACACGUGUUUACAGGUGAAACUGAAAAUCAUGUUUUACUUGCUUCCAUUGCAGUUGCUUUAGAGAGAUACCCAGGAUUAGGGAUCCAAUACUGGGAAGAUUGGUGCCUUUUUUGUAUUUUUGAAAUAGUAAUAAUAAAAUAAUAAUUAUCAUUAAAAAGUAUAAAGAUGUGUUUUGUAUAAACAGUGUGUGCUUAAGGGGCAAUUUGGUAUGAGUAUAUACUAUCAGAUUUAUUUUAACUGAAAUAUUUGUGUUCUUUAUAUUGCCUUUAUGAACUGUUAAACUGUCCCCCUGCAACACUGCCCCUAGUGCUUUAUGUUGUAUUACUCAUAGUGCAAAUGUAGGAAUUGCUUACACCCACAGCAGACUGUUUCAGGGGGAAGUUUUAAUGGUUACACUCUAUGUACCAGAAGGGCUUGGAGUCCAGACAUGAUUCUGAGAGGCACAAUCAGGGGUGCACCAGGAAGUGAUGACUCAAACAGAAAACAAUACGAUAAAGAGCAAAGGAUAAAAUAGUUAAGAUAUGUCUGAUAUCUCCUACCAUCGCCAAGCUGGUCUUCAAGGAAGCAGUCUAAAGGGGAAAGGUGUUUGAGUGGACCCUGUUUUAGUCAUUAUGUACCCGGGUGUAUUCUCGUCUGGGGUGAUCUUCUUGUUACAUUAUAAUAUUCCGCACUGAUAUUAUUACAUAACUGUUCUACUGCAUAUCCCCCCCACCCAUGCUGCACAGGAAGUGAGGCGCAAGAAACAGAAAGAGACAGAUUUAACUUCUAUUGUGCAAGCAGGACAAAUGGGAUUCAGUGAAUGUACAGUCUGGGAAACUAAAAGAUCUUUUGAAAACCUGGGAAGGGACUUGCUGCAUGUUGAUUUGUAUAAUGGUGGUGUCUAUCCAGGCUGUCAGGAACAGUGCUAGUCACUCAUUGUAGUAUCGAGAACGAGACCUUGCACAUUACCCUUGUCAAAAGCGAAAUGAAACCGGGCCUGGUGUUGCUCUCUCAUUGAGUUGUACUUACAUUCGGAAGUGUUAUGUAAUCAGCAUUGUUUUUUUUUUCUUUUCUUCCUGUGGCAUUCCGUUUAAAUAUUAUUAUGUGUAGUGCCUUGAAAUACAAAAAGUAAGUUCUGUAUUUAACAGCUCAAAAUAAAUUGCUGAGAAUUGA